AUGGCGUGCUGCAAUCUUUCUGGUUUGUAUGAGACUAAUGGAGGUGAGCGAAGGGAUAAUGGUUGUAGCGUGGGCGAACUUCGACCGUCGGUGGUGAGCGUCGGAGGCGAGCUUGGAUGCUACGGCGGCGGGGUCCUUCGUGGAGCUGCCACACCUCGUAUCGACAAACUUGCCACGGAGGGGCUUUUGCUCCAUAACUUCAAUGUCGAAAGUGAUUGUGUUCCUACCCGAUCGGCCCUCAUGACCGGCCGACAUCCCAUUCGAACCGGAUGCCGUCAAUCCGUUCCAGCUGGAUUCCCACAAGGUCUCACACAAUGGGAGAAAACGCUUGCCGAAUGUCUGAAAGACAAAAACUAUGCUACGGCCCAUCAUGGGAAAUGGCACCUGGGCGAUAUUCCCGGUCGAUACCCGUCAGACAGAGGAUUUGACGAAUGGCUCGGUAUUCCAAGAACGACAGACGAGACACAGUUCACUUCGUCAUUCGGGUAUACACCGGAGGUAGCAGAUCUUCCUUAUAUCAUGAAAGGGAAAUCCGGGGAGCAGUCCGAGAAUGUGGCCGUGUACGACUUGGAAAAGCGAAGACUCAUUGACGAGAUGCUUAUUGAUCAGUCUAAAGACUGGCUCUCAAGACAAGUCAAUGAGGAAAAUGCAUUCUUUCUCUACCAUCCGCUUGUGCAUUUGCAUUUUCCUACACUUCCUCAUCAAAGCUUCGCGGGAUCUACAGCCCAGGGAGACUUUGCCGACUCAAUGGCAGAAAUGGACUAUCGAGUCGGGCAGCUGAUCGACCACAUUGACAAUCUUGGUAUUCGAGACAACACCAGCCUAAUUUUUGCAUCUGACAACGGCCCUGAAUUUCGACCUCCUUAUCGUGGAACAGCAGGGCCAUGGUCCGGUACAUACCAUACCGCCAUGGAAGGUAGUCUGUGGGUGCCGUUCAUCAUCCGAUGGCCUGGUCAAGUCCCAGAAGCCAGUACUUCGAACGAUAUUGUACAUGUUACCGAUAUCUUCAGUACGAUUGCCUCUAUGACAGGAUCUCCAGUGCCUUCGGAUAGGCCAAUUGACGGCAUUGACCAAACAGAAUUCUUCAAGGACCCGAACGCCAUAAAGUCAAGCAGAACGGGAUUUUUGUUUUACAUCAAGGAAGAGCUUCGGGCAAUCAAGUGGAAAGACUGGAAACUGCAUUAUGUGUGGGAGCCAAAGGUUAACCAAUCAUCUGAGCGUCUCGAAAGCCCUUACUUGUUCAAUACCGUGAGAGAUCCCAAGGAGGAGAGUGACAUUUUGGCCUUCAAUACUUGGGUUGUGCAACCGAUGAUGAAGCUCAAAAGUUAG